AUGAAGUCUUACACUCCGUAUUUCAUGCUCCUGUGGAGUGCUGUGGGGAUAGCGAAGGCUGCCAAAAUCAUCAUCGUGCCGCCAAUUAUGUUCGAAAGCCAUAUGUACAUUUUCAAGACACUAGCCUCAGCCUUGCAUGAGAGAGGCCACCGCACAGUGUUUCUUCUCUCCGAAGGCAGAGACAUCGCGCCAUCUAAUCAUUACAGCCUCCAGCGAUACCCAGGGAUUUUUAACAGUACCACCUCGGAUGCUUUCCUGCAGUCCAAAAUGCGGAAUAUCUUCUCUGGGAGAUUGACAGCAAUCGAACUGUUUGACAUACUGGAUCACUAUACCAAGAACUGUGAUAUGAUGGUUGGCAACCGUGCCCUGAUUCAGGGUCUGAGGAAGGAGAAGUUUGAUCUGCUGCUGGUGGACCCUAAUGACAUGUGUGGAUUUGUGAUAGCUCAUCUUUUAGGGGUUAAAUAUGCUGUAUUUUCAACUGGCCUUUGGUACCCUGCAGAAGUGGGUGCUCCCGCCCCAUUAGCUUACGUCCCAGAGUUUAACUCACUCCUCACAGACCACAUGAACUUGCUGCAAAGGAUGAAAAAUACCGGCGUUUACCUCAUUUCGAGAUUAGGGGUCAGCUUUCUGGUUCUUCCCAAAUACGAAAGGAUAAUGCAGAAGUACAACCUGCUGCCGGAGAAGUCCAUGUACGACCUGGUCCACGGGUCCAGUCUGUGGAUGCUGUGUACAGAUGUGGCGCUGGAGUUUCCGAGACCCACUCUCCCUAAUGUUGUGUACGUAGGAGGAAUCCUCACCAAACCGGCCAGCCCACUACCAGAAGAUCUCCAGAGGUGGGUAAAUGGUGCUAACGAACAUGGCUUUGUCCUGGUAUCUUUCGGAGCUGGUGUCAAGUACCUGUCCGAAGACAUUGCUAACAAGCUGGCUGGAGCUCUGGGGAGACUGCCGCAGAAGGUGAUCUGGAGGUUUUCUGGAACCAAACCAAAGAAUCUAGGAAACAACACUAAGCUCAUAGAAUGGUUACCACAAAAUGACCUGCUUGGGCAUUCAAAUAUUAAAGCCUUCCUGAGCCAUGGUGGUUUGAAUAGUAUUUUUGAAACUAUGUAUCACGGUGUACCUGUAGUGGGAAUCCCACUCUUUGGAGACCACUAUGAUACUAUGACUCGGGUCCAGGCAAAAGGCAUGGGGAUAUUGCUAGAAUGGAAGACUGUUACUGAAGGAGAGCUGUAUGAAGCAUUGGUGAAAGUUAUCAAUAAUCCCAGCUACCGUCAGAGGGCCCAGAAGCUUUCAGAAAUCCACAAGGAUCAGCCUGGUCACCCUGUCAAUCGGACUGUCUAUUGGAUAGAUUACAUUCUUCGUCACAAUGGAGCCCAUCACCUACGUGCCGCUGUCCAUCAAAUCUCUUUCUGUCAGUAUUUUUUACUGGAUAUAGCCUUUGUGCUUUUGCUUGGUGCUGCCUUGUUCUACUUUUUCUUGUCCUCGGUGACAAAAUUUAUCUACAGAAAAAUCAAAAGUUUGUGGUCUAGAAAUAAGCAUAGCACAGUUAAUGGACAUUACCAUAAUGGAAUCCUCAAUGGCAAGUACAAAAAAAAUGGCCAUAUUAAACAUGAGAAGAAGGUGAAAUGAGCCAACAGCCCACAGGAUAGCAACAGAUCUGUUCAGUCAUUCAACUUUUAUCACUAUAAUUUAGUCUAACAACUACUAAAAGUUAAAUGU